AAUCGUUCGUUUCAUUUCAUUCAUUUGUGUAUGUGGCAGCCGCGGGUGCAUUAUUCGUCAUUUGUCGUUACAAAUUGUAAAAAGAAUAAUCGUACAGUUUUUCUUCAUGUAGACACAAGUAAAUUCAGCUCCGCGAUAUUUAGGCAUCGCUGUAAGGCCGGUUUGAUUUAGAUAAAGUAAAGUACAUCGCAGCCAUGGCACAGGUUUUGCCUAUACGUUUCCAAGAGCAUUUACAGCUCACAAAUGUUGGAAUCAAUCCAGCUUCAAUAUCUUUCAAUACUCUCACAAUGGAGUCUGACAAGUUCAUCUGCGUCAGAGAAAAGGUCGGUGAAACAUCUGAGGUGGUCAUAAUUGACAUGGCUGACCCUACCAACCCUAUACGGAGGCCUAUCAGUGCCGACUCUGCCAUCAUGAACCCAGCAAGCAAAGUUAUCGCUCUCAAGGGAAAGGCUGGUGUGGAAGCUCAAAAGACGCUCCAGAUAUUUAAUAUCGAAAUGAAGUCCAAGAUGAAGGCGCAUACUAUGACUGAAGACAUCGUGUUUUGGAAGUGGAUUUCCUUGAAUACCCUGGCGCUGGUCACCAGGGUUUCUGUGUACCAUUGGUCGAUGGAGGGCGAUUCUACUCCCGUGAAAAUAUUUGAUAGACAUUCAUCACUAGCCGAUUGUCAGAUCAUUAACUACAGGACGGAUCCCAAACAACAGUGGUUGUUGUUAGUUGGUAUUUCGGCGCAACAGAAUCGUGUGGUUGGCGCAAUGCAGCUGUAUUCUGUGGAACGCAAGUGCUCGCAACCUAUCGAGGGCCACGCGGCCUCUUUUGCAACAUUCAAAGCCGAGGGCAACGCUGAACCCUCUACCCUCUUCUGUUUCGCUGUGAGGACCGCGCAAGGAGGGAAACUGCAUAUUAUCGAGGUUGGUCAAACACCCGCCGGCAAUCAACCGUUCCCAAAGAAAGCCGUGGACGUAUUCUUCCCACCGGAGGCCCAGAACGAUUUCCCCGUCGCCAUGCAAGUUUCGCCUAAAUAUGAUGUCAUCUACCUCAUCACCAAAUACGGCUACAUACAUAUGUACGACAUCGAGACUGGAACAUGCAUCUAUAUGAACCGUAUCUCAUCUGACACUAUAUUUGUUACCGCGCCGCAUGAAGCAACUGGCGGUAUUAUUGGUGUAAACCGAAAAGGACAAGUUCUGUCAGUGACAGUAGAAGAGGACUCCAUAGUACCUUACAUAAACACUGUCUUACAAAACCCUGAAUUGGCUCUCCGACUGGCCGUUAGAAACAAUCUCGCAGGGGCGGAAGAACUUUUCGUUCGCAAGUUCAACAUGCUGUUUACCAAUGGACAGUAUGCUGAGGCAGCUAAGGUCGCAGCAAUGGCGCCUAGGGGCAUCCUCCGUACACCACAAACAAUCCAACGCUUCCAACAAGUGCCGACCCAGUCCGGUCAAACAUCGCCUCUACUACAAUACUUCGGCAUGUUGCUAGAUCAAGCGCAGUUGAAUAAGUUUGAAUCAUUGGAACUUUGUCGCCCUGUUUUACUACAAGGUCGUAAGCAACUUCUGGAGAAAUGGCUUAAAGAAGAAAAGCUGGAGUGUUCAGAAGAACUAGGUGAUUUGGUAAAGCCGGUGGACCUCACUCUUGCCUUGUCCGUAUAUCUACGUGCUAAUGUGGCCAGCAAAGUUAUCCAAUGUUUUGCUGAAACUGGACAGUUCCAGAAGAUUGUUCUGUAUGCUAAGAAGGUUGGAUACACACCAGACUACAUUUACCUGCUGCGUUCCGUGAUGCGCACCAACCCUGAGCAAGGUGCAGGAUUCGCUGGUAUGCUGGUGGCUGAAGACCCGCCGCUAGCUGACAUCAACCAGAUAGUUGACGUUUUCAUGGAACAGAACAUGGUGCAGCAGUGUACCGCUUUCCUCUUGGACGCGUUGAAGAAUAAUCGCCCCGAGGAGGGGCCCCUGCAAACAAGGUUAUUGGAGAUGAACUUGAUGUCAGCGCCUCAGGUGGCAGACGCUAUCCUCGGUAACGGCAUGUUCACGCACUACGACCGCGCGCACGUCGCCCAGCUCUGCGAGAAGGCGGGGCUAUUGCAACGCGCCUUGGAACAUUAUACUGACUUGUAUGACAUCAAGCGGGCUGUGGUUCACACCCACUUACUGUCCGCUGAUUGGCUGGUGACAUACUUUGGAACUCUGUCAGUUGAAGACUCACUGGAAUGUCUUAAAGCGAUGCUACAGGCGAACAUACGUCAGAACUUGCAGAUCUGCGUGCAAAUCGCGACCAAAUACCACGAGCAGUUGACCACUAAAGCACUCAUCGAGUUGUUUGAAAGCUUCAAGACUUAUGAAGGACUGUUUUAUUUCCUCGGCUCUAUUGUUAACUUCAGUCAAGAUUCGGAAGUCCAUUUCAAGUACAUUCAGGCUGCCUGCAAGACAGGUCAGAUAAAAGAAGUGGAACGUAUCUGUCGGGAAUCAAACUGCUAUAAUGCGGAGCGCGUUAAGAACUUCUUGAAAGAAGCCAAGCUGCCCGAUCAACUGCCGCUCAUCAUAGUGUGCGACCGCUUUGACUUCGUACAUGAUCUUGUACUCUAUCUAUAUAGAAACAGUCUGCAGAAAUACAUUGAAAUUUAUGUGCAAAAGGUGAAUCCAUCCCGAUUGCCGGUGGUAGUGGGAGGUUUACUCGACGUGGACUGCGCGGAGGAUAUCAUCAAGAACUUGAUACUGGUGGUCCGCGGACAGUUCUCCACAGACGAGCUGGUCGCUGAGGUCGAGAAGAGAAAUAGGUUGAAGCUACUUCUCCCGUGGCUGGAAACCCGCGUGCACGAGGGCUGUACUGAGCCCGCGACCCAUAAUGCUCUCGCCAAGAUCUACAUUGACUCCAACAAUAACCCAGAAAGAUUCCUCAAAGAGAACCAAUGGUACGACUCGCGCGUGGUGGGUCGUUACUGCGAGAAGCGUGACCCGCACCUCGCAUGCGUGGCAUACGAGCGCGGGCAGUGCGACCGUGAGCUGAUCGCCGUCUGCAAUGACAACUCGCUGUUCAAGACGCAAGCGCGGUACCUCGUGCGUCGCCGUGACCAGGACCUCUGGCUUGAAGUACUCGCUGAAUCCAACCCAUUCAAACGGCAGCUUAUCGACCAGGUUGUACAAACCGCAUUGUCGGAGACUCAAGAUCCCGAAGACAUUUCGGUGACAGUAAAGGCUUUCAUGACAGCAGACCUGCCCAAUGAACUGAUUGAGUUGCUUGAGAAGAUUGUACUCGACAACUCUGUGUUCUCUGAUCACAGGAAUCUGCAGAACUUGCUUAUACUUACAGCAAUCAAGGCUGACCGAAGCCGCGUGAUGGAGUACAUCAAUCGCUUGGACAACUACGACGCCCCCGAUAUCGCGAACAUAGCUAUCAACAACGAAUUGUACGAAGAAGCAUUUGCCAUCUUCAAGAAGUUCGAUGUUAACACAUCCGCCAUUCAGGUUCUAAUCGAACAAGUAAAAGACCUGAAACGAGCAUACGAGUUUGCGGAGCGCUGCAACGAGCCGGGCGUGUGGUCGCAGCUUGCUAAGGCACAACUCCAACAAGGGCUGGUCAAAGAAGCCAUUGAUUCAUACAUCAAGGCUGAUGAUCCUUCAGCAUACAUGGAUGUGGUGGACACCGCCACUAAACAACAGUCCUGGGAAGAUCUUGUUCGAUAUCUACAGAUGGCCCGUAAGAAGGCGCGUGAAUCUUACAUCGAAUCGGAACUUAUCUACGCAUAUGCCCGCACCGGUCGCUUGGCUGAUUUAGAGGAGUUCAUCUCUGGGCCGAACCACGCUGACAUACAGAAAAUCGGUGACCGAUGCUUCGAAGACAAGAUGUACAAUGCUGCUAAACUUCUUUAUAAUAAUGUCAGCAACUUUGCCCGUUUGGCCAUCACAUUGGUUCAUCUCAAGGAGUUCCAGGGUGCGGUGGACAGUGCCCGCAAAGCGAACUCAACUCGUACAUGGAAGGAGGUUUGCUUCGCGUGUGUCGACGCCGGGGAAUUCCGGCUGGCGCAGAUGUGCGGACUGCACAUUGUCGUACAUGCUGACGAACUCGAGGACCUCAUUAAUUACUAUCAGGACCGAGGCCACUUCGACGAGCUGAUCAGCCUCCUGGAAGCGGCUCUGGGUCUGGAGCGUGCGCACAUGGGCAUGUUCACCGAGCUGGCCAUCCUUUACUCCAAGUACAAGACCGCCAAGAUGCGCGAACAUUUGGAGCUCUUCUGGUCUCGAGUUAAUAUACCCAAGGUGUUACGCGCGGCGGAACAAGCUCACCUGUGGUCGGAGCUGGUGUUCCUUUACGACAAGUAUGAGGAGUACGACAACGCGGCGCUCACCAUGAUGCAGCACCCCACAGAGGCCUGGCGCGAGGGACACUUCAAGGACAUCAUCACUAAGGUGGCAAACAUGGAACUAUACUACAAAGCGAUCCAGUUCUAUUUGGACUACAAGCCCUUGUUACUGAACGAUCUGUUGCUGGUGCUCGCACCGCGCAUGGACCACACACGCGCUGUUAACUUCUUCACCAAAGCUGGUCAUCUGCAGCUGGUGAAGGCUUACCUCCGCUCCGUGCAGAGUUUGAACAACAAGGCGGUUAAUGAAGCACUCAAUUCACUGCUUAUUGAUGAAGAAGAUUACCAGGGUCUAAGAACAUCUAUAGAUGCAUUCGAUAACUUCGACACCAUUGCUCUCGCGCAACAACUAGAGAAACACGAAUUGACUGAGUUUAGAAGGAUUGCUGCUUAUCUGUAUAAAGGCAACAACAGAUGGAAGCAGAGCGUGGAGUUGUGCAAGAAGGACGCGCUGUACGCGGACGCGAUGGAGUACGCUGCGGAGUCGCGCCAGUCUGACGUCGCCGAGGAGCUGCUCAACUGGUUCCUUGAGCGCGACAACUUUGAGUGCUUCUCUGCUUGCCUGUACCAGUGUUACGACUUAUUGAAACCCGAUGUAGUUAUUGAACUGGCAUGGAGGCAUAACAUUAUGGACUUUGCAAUGCCUUUCCUAAUUCAAACUGUACGCGAGUUGACGACUAAAGUGGAAAAGUUGGAGGAGGCAGAUGCAAAACGCAGCACGGAGAGCGCAGAGCACGAGGCCAAGCCCGCCAUGAUGAUGGAACCUCAGCUCAUGCUUACCGCCGGACCGUCUAUGGCAUACCCUGGUGUGGCGGCCCAAGCGUCUCCGUACGCGUACGCCGCGCAAGCCCCGUCGCCGGCGCCUUACCAUGGUUACGGCAUGUAGGGAACUGCCUCCCCACGUGCGUGGGGGAACUACCAGUUCUAACUCCUAGGGACUACGCCCGGGGAUCUUCCUGUAUAUAGACAUGUCUAUCCCAACACUGCGUUAAUAGAUUCAGUUCCAACCUCUAUGCACUUUCUAUAUCUGCUUUUUUUGAAUAAAAAAUAUAGAAAGUUGUUAAACUUUUCAUAGAUUCGACAUUCUCUUUUUAAUUUCGUGGCCUAAUUUGUUUGAAAGUGCAUUGAGGUACAGGAUGUUUCAUGUUGUGGAAAUAUAAACGAUAUAAUUCAUAUAGCUCUCAUCGUUGCUACUUUCAUUGUGUAGUUAUUGAUGUUACAUACUUUAAAUUCCAUUUCAAAUAUAGUAAUAAAAUAAAUCAUCUUUAUGAUUAUUCACAAUAACAUUUAAGGUAAACGCAACUUUGAAAUUUUACGGUAUUAUUUAUUAGAUAAUUGUCGGCUAGUUAACCUACAGAAUAUCGGCUAAUUAGAAUUUGAAGUUUAUAACAGAAUAUAUAAAAUUUCAUGUCCAUGGUACGAUCAUUAGUGAGUCAUAGAUAAAUUUAAAGAGGUGUUACUAUUCUAUAUAUCCAGUUAUAAUAGCGUUCGUAUUUUAAAGUAGUGCGAGUGUAUACACUGUGUUGAUCGUAAUCUUUUAAAAAAGAGACCAGUUUU